CCUUAUUGCUGCUCCUUCAUUUCCCAUUCCCCUCCUGCUUCAGACUGCUGAAGCUUAGUCAGGGCGAGUAAGCUUCACCAGCGUAACAGCUCCACCACCUCCGAACGCGGCUCAGCCUUCUCGUCGAGAACGCAGCCGGUUCAUUUUCGUAUUUUUCGCGAAUUAGUGUCAGCUUACCCGCAAGAGAACUAGCUGUUCUGGUGAAUCAGCCCGCGAUGGCCACCACGACUUCAGCAGGUCUCCUCCAGACGCACGCACACGCGUCGUUGAGCAAGCACUCCGGCUUGCUCCCCCAAGAGCCAUGCGUCUCCUCGCAACUAUCCUCCGUCAAAUUCCUCUCCGGAUGCGAUGCCUUCCCUAACGCCAAACUCGCCGCCACCGCCACUCCUUCCUCAUCCUCCCUCUGCCUUUCAAACCCUACCUCCACGGCUAAGCGGGGUCUUAGAGUGGUAGCGGGAGGGCCGGGGCUGGCGGGCGAGCAGGAUCAGGGGCAGCAGGGGUCGUCGGACGACUUCCCGCCGAUGCCGUCGGGUCGCAUGAUGGUGCCGAUGAUGAAGAAGGGCUACGGCGCCUUCGGCGGCGGCGGAGCCACGCUCGAGAAGUCGAAGCUCGACCUCUCGUUCUCCGCCACCAAGACCACCCUCAGAUUGACCUGGGUGGUGGAGGUGGUAACGUCGGUAAGGGCAAUUCGCACGGCGGAGGCGACGGCGGCGACGAUGGUGGCGACGACGACGAUUACUUCGGCGAGGACGACGGCGACGAUGGCGACGACGACGGUUUCAUUCGCCGAGCGAUCAUCUCAGAGGUGUUCGACCGGGCGUCGGUGGAGGCGGUGCUGCAGGAGUGGUUCCGAAGCAUGGCGGACCUGCCGGCCGGCAUCAGACGAGCCGUUGAAAUGGGUCUGGUGAGCUCGGCGCAGAUCGCGCGGUUCAUGUCGAUCGACGCGCGUCCCACGAUUGCGCGCAUCGUCUCCCGCGCCACGCCCGCCGAGGUCUCGCGCGCGUUCGUCGGCCGCAUGAUGGCAGAUCCGGCGUUCAUCUACAAGCUGCUGUUGGAGCAGGUCGUCACCAUCGGCACGUCCGCGUGGUGGGAGGUCAAGCAGCGAGGGGAGAGGUUGAAGGACGAGUGGGGCUUCGCCGUGGCCAACGUGCUCACGCUCUCCCUGUGCAACGCAGCUGUCGUCUGGUCGCUCUCCCCCACGCGCUCCUACGGCUCCACGGCCACCUCCGAGUGGCAGAUGGCUCUGCAGAAGCUGCCCAACAACAUGUUUGACAAGAGCUACCCGCUGCGAGAGUUUAACCUGCCCGCCCGCGCGGGCAGCUUCUUUUUCAACGCGGCGAAGCUGAGCCUCGUGGGGUCCACUGUCGGGGCCGUGGGGGGGCUGGUGUCCAACAGCAUUCUUUCGGCUGCUUCCAAGGGCAAGGAGGGCUACCAACCAUCGGUGGUGGUGCCAUCAGCCAGCACGAGUGCGGCAGCCUACGGCGCGCACACGGGGCUGUCAGGCAACCUGCGGUACCAGCUGGUGUACGGGCUGGACCGCAUGCUGCAGCAGCACUUCAACCACAUCCCCAUCGCUGUGCUUGGGACCACUGCACUCAGGUGUGGCAACGUGCUAUUGGGCGAGCCGUCUAGGCUGAUGUGGCUGGGGAUGGACGGCGAGGCGCAGCAACAGGCCAAGGCGGAGCAGCAGGCGUACCGCCGCCCCUCCCGCUCCUCCGGUGCCGGUGCUAAGAAGAACUCGUUCCUGCAAUCACUGCCCUUUGGAAAGAAAACUGAGGAAGCAACACAGCCUAAGAAGAAGAGUGCUGCACGGAGAGUGGCUAAGGCUGCUGCUGCUGCUGCUGCUGCAGGAGGGGCAGAGACAGGGCAGAGGCUGGUGCGUCGAGUGUAGAGGGAGCGGAGAAGGUGCAAGGGACAGCAGGUGCAGCUCGCACGACGAAGCGCAAGGUGAAGCGGAAGGUGUCUGUUGCUCAGUAGGCGUCGUUCGAAUGAGUAGGAUUGCUGUUUUGCCUUAUUUUCCCGAGUUAUGGGAAUCAUUAUGGUUGAUUUUAUUGCAGUCCUAAAAAUCGCUGAUAUUUUUUUGUACUGGGGUGAAAGUACAUUAUACCCUGUUGGAAAUACCUCA